UGCCAUUGAGAGGAUGCGAGAAGCAGAUGAUGCAUUUCGUCACCAACUCCAUGCAGAGCGUCAAGCAAACGAGCAACAAAUGAUCAGAAUCGUCAAAGAAAAGGAAGACGAGCUGGAAAGAGCUAAUAAAAAGGUUUUAGAAGUUGAAGAUGAAAUGAGACAGCUUCUUCAGGAGAAUGCCGUCACAAGGAAGACCUUGGAAAUGAGAAUCAAAAAACUGACGUCUGCUUUUACUGAGAUUCAGCAGGACUUGGCUACGUGAUGAAGGAAAUAGAGCUGUUACCUUGUGACUCAUUUAUGGCUCCAACUGUUCACAAAAAAGCUAACAAAUAAAGCGAAAAAUGUUCUCAACGCUUUAAAA